GCUAUUGACAAGGAAUUCCACGAAUUAAACACUCCUGUGGUUCGGUUUUCCCAUGUUCUGUAACUAUUUUUAGCAUGGUGUUAAACACAUUGAGGACAGUCGUAAUACCCUGUGUUACUCAUGAUAAUUUCGACUGUGUGGAGUGUAUUGUUAUGCCUAACUGUUUCAACUAUUCCGAAGUCUGUGUGUAGUGAUGGAGGACGUUACCAAAACUAAAUGUUACAUUAGGUUAAAACUGGCGAUGAAGGUGUCUUUUAUGAUGAAUGUGGUGUUAGUUGUAGCUCUAACAUGUCUUUAUAUAGCACGGAAAGCAACGUACAGCGAUCUCGCGGACAUUACACCAAACACAUUGUCACAAUCACAUGCAGAGAAAUUACUAGAUCGAAUAUGUCUGUCCUGCUCCUACCUCGAUAAUGCGGGAAAAGAUACUUUAUAUGACAACGUUUUAGCGACAAGUGGAGGCCAACUGUGUUGCGUUAACGAUGAACAUGGAUUUCAGGAUGUACUUUUAAAGAUGCUGAAUGAACACCCGGGUGACUUAAUCAAACAUGCAGCAUCAGAUGUUGAAGAAACUAUUCGAAAAUUGCAAUGGUGGCGAGAAAGAGACUUUUCUGCUCACCUGUACGCAGACUACCACGACGUACAAAGCAAGUAUUUCUAA